UCUGCGGACAGAGCUCACUAAAGAGCACUCGAGAAGGAGGAGGAGGAGGAGGAGGCUGGUCGCAGACCAAAUAGUCCUUAGGCUCAACAACACACCGACCAUUUCAUUUUGAAUGUCGCCGGCCACGACAGCCUCAAAACGAUGAUGAUGUCGUCGAGUGUCGCGGGUCGGGUACCACGGCGGUGUCCUGCCAUCGACGAAUGUCUGCCUGUCAGAGGGGCAUCAGACAGACCGGUGGUCUGUUCAUCGGGAUAGAUUAUAUCGUAUAUGCUUGUAUUACAGUCUGGCUAGCCUCCAUCUUCGAGUCAAUCUGGCCACGUUAAAAUAUCGAACUAUCUAGUCCUGUCCUGAAAGCUUGGAGUCGGUGAGAUGAGGAGGCGAGUGGUAUAGAGCAGGUAGGAGAAUCACUAAGCAACGUCACCAACAAAGCCAGCGCUAUCUGGAGGGAUCACCAUGGUCUACAAGAUGACCGGGGCAGCGAUAGACCGGGUCAGCCUGCUGUGGCGGAUGAGGCGGCGGGCCCGCCGCGGGGCCUUCUGCAUGGGCUUCUUCUGCAUCUCCAUGGCACUGCUCUACGCCCUUUGUGCAGAGAACAGUGUGCCCGUGACCGACGCCAUCUUUGGAGUGCGCGCACGCACCCGGGCCCAGCCACGCACGCACUCUGUCGUCAAGGUCCUGCGAGGAGGGACGAAGCCCCUGUACGCUGAUCCACAGAAGCUCCCAGGCGUCGUCCCCGGCAACCCGAACCGACCAAUCCCUGUGCUCUCCUCCACUAACCACACCCAGGAAGUGAAGGAGGCCGCCUCGAAGAAGAAAGCCAAAGCGCGGGAGUCCGGCUUUUUUGCGUGGCUGCUGCCGCGCCCCUUCAGGCGAGCGCUGGAGACCCUGUUCGGAGGCCGGCGUCGCGGAGAGAUGAGCGGGACGGUGGGAGACACAGAGUUCUUCAAAGCCCACGGCAGCAUGGGCGAGGUGUGGGACGAGGAGAUGUCCAGCAGCAUGCUUGGCAGCCGUCUGAGGAAGGUGGUCCAGAACUAUCAGGCCAUGAACAAGUACGGAGUGGAGAACACCGGGCCGGGCGGCGUCGCCAGCAGGCCCAAGCUCAGCGGCCCGGAGCUUCUGUGCCAUCUAAAGAGUCAGGUACAGGUCUUGACCUUGACCCCCGACCUCCAGCCCUUCGCCUCACUGAGCUGGGCCUCCCAACUGCCUGACAAAGCGGUGACCUCUGAACUCGGCCCAUACAAGAGCUGCGCUGUUGUGUCGUCGGCUGGCUCACUCCGCAACUCCGGGCUUGGCAAAGAGAUAGACUCUCACGAUGCGGUGCUACGGUUCAACGCCGCGCCAACAUCCGGCUAUGAGAAGGACGUGGGCUCCAAAACUACAAUCCGCCUCAUCAACUCACAAGUGAUGGCGUCUGAUGACCAUCGCUUCCUGUCCAGUUCCCUGUACAGCGAGGGUGCUCUGGUGGGCUGGGAUCCAGCCCCCUUCUCUGCUAACCUCUCCCAGUGGUACAACAGGACCGACUACCCCAUCUUCGCUCAGUACCAGAGGUACCGGAGGCUCCACCCACUCCAGCCCUUCUACAUUCUCCAUCCACGCUUUGAGUGGCAGCUCUGGCAGCAAAUCCAAGACAACAUGGCAGAGCCCAUCCAGAAGAACCCGCCCUCCUCCGGCCUGCUUGGCACGGUGCUCAUGAUGUCCCUGUGCGAGGUGGUGCAUGUGUACGAGUUCCUGCCGUCCCGCCGCAAGACGGAGCUGUGCCACUACUACCAGCGGUUCUACGACGCGGCGUGCACGCUGGGCGCCUACCACCCGCUGCUCUACGAGAAGAACCUGGUGAAGCGCAUCAACCAGGGCACCGACCGGGACAUCUUCACCUACGGGCGGGUCACACUGCCAGGCUUCAGCACCCUGAACUGCACCCUGGCUCCGGGGAAGGCCCCAGGUCCCUGAAGGCUCCUGAAGGCCCCGGGUCCCUGAAGGCUCCUGAAGGCCCCAGGUCCCGGGCCCCUGAGGGCCCCUGGAGUCCCCAGGCCACCUACAUACACACACACACACACACACACACACACACACACACACACACACACACACACACACACACACACACGAACAUGCGUGCACACAUACACACACAAACAUACGGGCACACAUACAGAGAUAAACGCACACAUACACUUACACAAACACACACAUUCACACACACAUAUUUGCAAACAGACACACACUCCAGGGCCCAAGACUGCGGAGCCCCCCACAGUUCUCCUAGGGAAAAAAGAGUCUGGAGCCCUGCACACACACACACACACACACACACACACACACACACACACACACACACAUAUACACACACACAAACACACACAUAAAUGCACACAAACAUACACACAUACACGCAUACACACACACACACACACACACACAUAUACGCACACAGACAAACACGCACGACAACAAAACAACAUCCAUACUAAUCACUUCAGAACAUGUAUGCACUUUUUCUGGAAUAACACAUGCUCUCGCAAAUGUACACGUGUGGGUGUGUGCGGGUAUGUGUGUGUGAACCAACUGCAGAAUCAAACGCAUGAGUAAAAACGUCAUCGUUUUGCCGCAAUGGACAAACAAUUUAAACAAAAUGGUGAGGAGCGACGCACCUUCAAGCCUCUGCAACAGCAAAGGGAAAGAUGUACCGUUACUGUUUUAAUGUUCACUGUGUUGUGUGUCGCCACAUUUCCAACAUGGGAAGAGACCCACAUAGCAGACGAUGACAGACACUCUACAAUCACUUUACAAUCUAUUGAUUAAAUGUGCCUGCUCUUUCACAUACAAAAGCUGAGGAAACGAUUCACAUUCACAUUGCAACGUGUAAAUAAUCUGUCAUGUGUUAUACGUCCACUAUGGCGCUGAAGAGCUGCUCGCCGUCGCUACAACCUUGAUGUUCUGAAAUGAAUGUCUGCAUGUCAGCCCGUAGUUACUGAAUUAGGUCGAGAAAUCGACUGAAAUGAACCCUGCAGCCUCAUCCCGAUGUGACUAGUUUUAGAAACGUAACCUACAUAUGUAAUACGAAGAGCGCCGUGAGCAGAGGAAGAGCCCUGAUCUGCUCCUCAGAACUGCUUGGGAUCUGAAGGGACGUCGUCCACAAGAACAACGGGAGGAUAAAAAAAGGGUUUCCUACUAUCAGAAAAAUUUCCAUUUUCUUAAAUCAUUUUUAGUACAAUGUGAUUAUUAUGCUGCAUGGUAUUUAUCCCAACGUAUUGCACUGGUGGAGACGAGGAGAGUGAGGUUCUGAUGUGUUGGACUGGAGAGGGCCUUAUUGUAUUAUACUAUAUAUAUUAGGCUCUUUUAUGUCUCCAUGUGCAUUCCUCGUGUUGGGUGACCUCAAUGGCAAGAUCUUAAUGUACAUAUAAAAAAAGCACUGUUCACUGCCAAUUGGCUAACAAAAGAAAAUAUAUUUUAGGCUGUAGGCCUAAUAACCCUUUAGUUUGUUCAUCACUGCUUUUUGUUGCACUUUUCUUUGAACAUUCCCCUUCAUGUAGUAUGCAGGUUAUUUUGAAUUAAUAUUCAUGAAGGAACGUUACAAUUCUUAGGUUUAGCGAUUCCUAUAACAAUAUCUGCUUUUUAUGUUGAUACCUGAAUUACUUAUUAAUUUAAUGACAUGAAAAAGUGACAUGUUGAUCUAGAAAAGUCUACAUUUAAAAGAAAAAUGUAACCCGUGAACGUUGUUUUGGUCUUUUUUCUUCAUCAUUGCCUAAACAGUAAUGGCACUUCUACUAUGUACUAAGCCUUCACAAAAACCGAAUUUUAGCCUGAGUAGGCCUAUAUCCUAUUUGUUUUGAGCACCAGGUUCAAACAACCUGACAGUAGGAUAAUGUGUACCAUAUGUCCUCAUUCCUCCGCCCUGUCAUCAGGAUUUAACAUUGUAGGGCUGUCUAGGACUGUUCCAGGUCCACACAACAUCCACAAUAUUAUUGAGCAAGCCAAUGGAUCCGAUAUUACGGAGCAUGUCUAUCCAUAGCGUCCAUGAGGCCUGAGCUUUGUA